AGGACCCCUUACGCUCCCUUCCAAGGGCGCGCCCUGGAGACCCAGUCCUCCAGGCUGCGAGCGGUAGGCCGCCGCGCUCUUCCGGGGUCUGGAGGAGGAGCGAAGGUCUAAGACCCGCCCCCACUGGGGCGGAGCCACGGCCCAGGACUGGCCUAAACCGUCGCAGACACAGAAAACUUCAAGCAAAAAAAAUUCUCUAAUUGGAUUAAGAAAAUUGUGUUAUUGUUGCCUUCCAAAUGACAUCAUGAAGCAGCUGCCAGUCUUGGAGCCUGGAGACAAGCCCAGGAAAGAAACAUGGUACACCCUGACCCUGGUUGGAGACAGCCCCUGUGCACGGGUUGGUCACAGCUGCUCAUAUUUACCCCCUGUUGGUGAUGCCGAGAGAGGGAAGGUCUUCAUUGUUGGGGGAGCAGAUCCAAACAGAAGCUUCUCAGAUGUGCACACCAUAGAUCUGGGAACACACCAGUGGGAUUUAGCCACCUCAGAGGGCCUCCUGCCCCGGUACGAGCACACCAGCUUCAUUCCCUCCUGCACACCUCACAGCAUCUGGGUGUUUGGAGGGGCCGACCAGUCAGGAAAUCGAAACUGCCUGCAAGUUCUGAAUCCUGAUACCAGGACUUGGACUACCCCAGAGGUGACCGGCCCACCGCCAUCCCCAAGAACAUUCCACACGUCAUCGGCAGCCAUUGGAGACCAGCUGUAUGUCUUUGGGGGCGGAGAGAGAGGUGCCCAGCCCGUGCAGGAUGUGCAGCUUCAUGUGUUUGACGCAAACACCCUGACCUGGUCACAACCAGAGACACAUGGAAAACCUCCAUCCCCCCGACAUGGUCACGUGAUGGUGGCAGCAGGGACAAAGCUCUUCAUCCAUGGAGGCUUGGCAGGGGACAAUUUCUAUGAUGAUCUCCAUUGCAUUGAUAUCAGUGACAUGAAGUGGCAGAAGCUAAGGCCCACUGGGGCAGCUCCCACAGGCUGUGCUGCCCACUCAGCUGUGGCUGUGGGGAAACACCUGUAUGUCUUCGGAGGAAUGACUCCCACAGGAGCCCUGAAUACAAUGUACCAGUAUCACAUAGAAAAGCAGCAUUGGACCUUGCUUAAAUUUGAGAAUUCUCCACCCACUGGACGGUUGGACCAUUCCAUGUGUAUCAUUCCAUGGCCAGGGACGUGUACUUCUGAGAAAGAAGAUUCAAAUUCUGCCACUGUAAACUGUGAUGCUGAGAAAGGGGAUUCCACUGAGAAAGGAGUGACUCAAGGUGGUGACUCACGGGAGGGAAGUCAGGCUGACACGCUGCUCUGUUUUGUGUUUGGUGGAAUGAAUACAGAGGGGGAAAUCUAUGACGAUUGUAUUGUGACUGCAGUUGAUUAAUAAAACCCACGUUUUUACUGCU